AUGAUGUAUUAUAUCAUAACUGGAAACGAUCAAAAACAUUUUCGUAUAAACUCAACAAAUGGGGUUAUAUAUGUUAACGACAGUUUAGACUAUGAACAACUGAAUUCUUAUUUUCUUACAAUUCAAGUUGUCGAUGAAGAAAAUCCCACCUUUUCUAGUAUAUCACUAUUUAAAAUACGUGUUUUAGAUGUAAAUGAUAAUGCACCAAGUUUUUCUCAAAAAUUCUACUGCAUCAAAGUGCAAGAAAAUAUAACGGUUGGUAAAUCAAUUCUGAAACUUGACGCAAAUGACAAAGACUCCAAACAAAAUGGUGUUAUAAAAUACAGCAUUGAAAAUAUUAACAACUUUGAGGAAUUCGACAUUGAUAUGCUUCAUGGCAAUAUCUUUACAAAAAAGAAUCUAGAUAGGGAGUCAACUGCUUCCUUUACACUGAACGUUAGUGCUUGUGAUAGCGGAACUCCAGAGUUAUGUACUUAUGCAAAUGUUUAUGUAGAAAUUAUGGACGUAAAUGAUAACGCACCACUGUUCUCAUCAUCAAAUUAUAGCCUUGUUGUGCAAGAAAGUAAUAGCAUGAGUAAUUUUAUAUUGAAGUUCAAUAUAUUCGACUCUGAUGAAUAUCCAAACACAUAUCCUUUUAUCUUCUAUAUACAUAGAGGAAAUAAUAAUGGUCAGUUUUCCAUAACGCCGAAUGGGUCUCUGAAAAUUGUAUCCAAAUUGAAUCGUGAACUAUGCGAUCUUUACAAUUUACAAAUUCGAGUAUUUGAUAAUGGUACUCCAUCUCUACAUUCAGAUACUUGGGUUAGAAUUCAAGUAGCAGAAGAAAGUCAACAUCCUCCAUUAAUUACACCAUUAGAAAUUACUGUAAACUCUUUUGAGGAUGAAUUUAUUGGAGGUUAUUUAGGUCAGCUACAUGUUACAGACCAAGAUAAACAUGAUACAUUAUAUUUUAAUAUCUCACAAACUGAUGAUGUUACCGGAAUGCAAAAAUUAUUUUAUAUUAAUGGAAAAAAUGGCUUACUUUACGCUGUGGGCAUUCUUGAUGUUGGUGUAUAUAACGUAAGUGUUACAGUUUCGGAUGGAAAAUUUCAAAGUAAUUCUAUUGUGAAAAUAAAUGUACAGUUGAUAAAUUCUGAGUUAAUAGCAAAAUCACUUACAAUAAGAUUGAAAAAGGUGUCCGCAAAAGACUUUUUAUUAAUACACCAAAAAAGUUUUGUUCGUUCAAUUUCUGCAGUAAUGGGAUGCCCUACAAAAAAUGUAGUCAUUAUUUCACUUUCAAAUGGGACAAGUAACCGAAUAAGAAAUAGAGCUUACUUAAAAAAAGGAAUUUCACUUACUACUUUGAAUGUUGUAUUCGGAAUUCAAAAUCAACAAAAUAUAUAUAAAAAUUAUACCUCAGAAUAUAUGUACACAACUAUUACAAAUCAGAUCGAAGAAAUAGAACACGAUACAAAACUUUUGAUAGAAGAAUUAAGGGAACCUUAUUGCUCGAAAGAAAUAUGCUCUAAUGGAAUUUGUGCUAAUAGCAUCAAAUUACAUAAAAGAAAUUUUACUGUAUACGAUUUAGAUAUUGUUAGCUUCGUUGUUCCGCGUUAUGAAGAAACAGUAAAGUGCAUUUGCAAACAAGGUUUCAAUGGAAACAAUUGUGAAACAAUUGUAGACGUUUGUGCUUCUAAUCCAUGCACAUCACAGAAAUUUUGUGUUCAAACAAAAACUUUGAAGGGUUUCGAAUGUAUUUGUCCAAAGGGAUUAACUGGUGAAUAUUGCGAAUCCGAUGUGGUUAUGUCGUUUAAAGGAAAUAGUUACGCACAUUACAAAAUUAAUAACGGUUUUGCUAAACUUUCUUCAACAAAUCAAUUUCAUUUCAGCUUUCGUGUUAUUACUAUACAAACUACCGCUACCUUACUAUAUGUAAGUGGAAAAAUUGAUUAUAAUAUACUUGAAAUUUUUCAAGGAACAGUACAAUAUAGAUUUGAUUUAGGGACUGGAGAAGCGAUUGUAAGCGUUAAAACUGUAAACAUUUCAGACGGAAAUUGGCAUACAAUUAUGUUAGAUAGAAAUAUAAAUAGUGCAACGCUGAUUGUUGAUGAAAAGUACUCAUCUGAAGGACAAGCACCCGGGAUAAAAGUGAUGUAUAACACUCAUAACAAUGACAUUUUUUUCGGAGCGGAGGUAAGACGUUCUAUAAUGAUUGGUUAUGAUGAAAUUCGAAGAGGAUUUUGGGGAUGCUUAGCCGAUUUGAAAUUUUCUUUUAUAUUGCUACCACUUCACAGAUAUGAAAGUAAUUCAAUUGUUUCCUUGAAAAGAUUCAACAACAUAGAUUUUACAUGCAAUAUUACCAACAUAUUGACUCGCCAUGAAAAAUGUGGAGCACAACCUUGCCAAAAUGGAGGGCAAUGUUUGAAAUUGAAAAAAACUAACUUUCAAUGUAAAUGUCCUCCACGAUAUUCUGGAAGAGCGUGUGAAUUUGACUUAAAUCCUUGCAUUUCAAUGCCUUGCCUGAAUGGUGGUCUCUGUCAGUAUGUGCAUUUGGGAAACUAUUCAUGUAUAUGUCCAUCAAAACUGUCUGGAAGACAUUGUGAGUAUGGAAAAUUUUGUAGUCCGAAUCCAUGUAAAAAUGGAGGGCUUUGUAUAGAAGACGAAAUGUCAUUCCAUUGCAUUUGUCCCGGUUAUACGGGUACUACAUGUGAAGUAGAUAUUAAUGAAUGUGACAAUAAUCCUUGUGAAAAGGGAACAAUAUGUAUAAAUAAGCUCGGAAGUUAUCAAUGCAUUUGCUCGAUUUUUAAUAAUGGAUCCAAUUGUAUUGACUUAUUACAUAUCAAUUCAAUUUCGAAAUUCAAAACCAUAAUUAUUGAUCAAACAACAAGCUUAAUCACAGUUAUUGGACUUAUAGUUAUUGUUGUACUUAUUUUAUUGUAUACUAUAGUGUCAAAAAAUCAAUCAUGUAAAAUAAAGAACAAUUCCUCAGUCUGUAAGAAAACAAUAAGUGAAGUUAAUGACCUCAAAUUCAAACAUACUGUCAAUAAUUUAAUGCCGCCAGUAAAUGAAAACGUGUAUACACAAAAUACAUUAGUUAACGAUUUAGAUAUUGUUCGAAGUUAUGGAAUAGUAGCAGAUAAAUGUGAGAGAGAUUCAUUGGAGUUUCAAAUAAAUAACCAAUCAAGCCAGAGACAUAAUAUUAUUCUAUGUAACUAUUCAGCAAGUGAUCUUAUUCCGAAAAAUAUAAGUGAGAAAAAGCACUUCAAAACUUUUAGAGAAAACAAACUUAACUAUG